AUGGGCGUCAUCCCCCAGCCCGCCGUCCUGGAGCCCCUUCCGGGUGUCCUGCGCCUGCCGCGGGACUUCAGCGUGGGCUGCUCCGGCGACGGGGCCCUCCAUGCGGGCCGCGCCUUGGCCGACGCCAUGCGAUCGCGCCACCGAUCCAAUUGCACGGUCGAGGCCGCAUCAUCGCCCAGCAUGCGGGAUCCGAAAUCUGGGAUCCAGGAGUUUCCGGUGGCUCUGAGGAUGGAGAAUUGCGUGCCGUCGAUCAGCGGGUUUGAGAACAAGGAGGAGGGGUACGAGCUGACGGUGACGGAGGGGGAGGGCGUGGUGGUGCGCGCCCUGGGGCCCAGCGGCGUGUUCUACGGCGUGCAGACGCUGCUGCAGCUGUUCCCGGUGGGGGGCGGUGCGGAGGACGUGAUGGAGGCGGAGUUCGAGCUCGAGGGCGUAAAGAUAGUCGAUGCACCUCGUUUUAAAUGGCGUGGCACCAUGCUGGAUGUGGGGCGCCAUUUCUUCAGUAUCAGUUUCAUAAAGAAAUUUUUGGACCUUCUUGCAAUGCACAAAAUAAACAGAUUCCACUGGCACUUAACAGAGGACCAGGGGUGGCGACUGGAAAUCAAAUCACUGCCCAAACUCACAGAAGUUGGUGCAUGGAGAGCAUCAGAUGGUGGAGAGUCUUAUGGAGGCUAUUAUAAGCAGGAAGAGAUACCAGACAUCCUUGCAUACGCUGCAGCCAGGUUCAUAGAGGUCAUCCCUGAAAUUGAACUUCCAGGUCAUUGUGGAGCCGCUCUGGCUUCCUACCCACACCUCUCCUGCCGUGGCGAUGUUAUGGAGACACCUGCAGAUUGGGGCAUUCAUGAAGAUGUGUAUUGUGCGGGUAGGGAAGAUGUUUUCGAGUUUCUUGAGUCAGUCCUUGGGGAGGUGACAGAUCUGUUUCCUGCUGAGUACAUUCACAUUGGUGGUGACGAGUGCCCCAAGGUCAGAUGGAAGAAAUGUGCAAAGUGCCAGGAGAGGAUCAAAGCGGAGGGCUUGAAGGGGGAGAAUGAGCUGCAGACAUGGUUCAUUGAGAGGAUUGCAAGGUUCCUGAAGAAACGAGGGAGGAAGAUUAUUGGCUGGGACGAAAUCUUGGAUGGGGGUGUGCCACAUGAGUCUACAGUGAUGUCAUGGAGGGGCUAUUUGGGUGGAACAAUUGCAGCCAAGCUGGGUCACAACGUUAUCAUGUGUCCCACCCAACAUUGCUAUCUGGACUAUCGGCAGUCUGUCAGCCAAGACGAGCCCGGGGCGUGGUAUGCGGUGCUGCCCCUUGAGAUGGUGUACGCAUUCAACCCCAUUCCAUCCCCAAGCAUGACCACCCGCCACACCCCAACGUGCAUCGCGAGCGACAGCGAAGCCAACGGGGAGAAACGACUCGAGCCUGGCAAGGAUGGCGAUGGAUUGGAUGCCAGCGGCAGAGGGGUCACAAUGGACAACGCAACAGAUGAUGACCCACCGGGGAUCGGUCCAAGUGCCAGGGCUGGAGAUGUGGAGGGCGAGGAUGAUGAUGAAACUGCGGCGAGGGAUGGCGAAGGGCAGCAUCGCUGUGAAAUGCCGCCGCUCACGCCGGAGGAGGAGAAGCUGGUCCUGGGGGCCCAGGCCAACCUGUGGACGGAAUACGUCGAAGACGAGCAGACGGUGGAGUACAUGCUGUUGCCGAGGCUGUGCGCCUUUUCAGAGGCUGUCUGGAGCCCUCAGGAGGCCAAGGAUUGCGGCCGGUUCCUCGAGCGCCUGCAGUCGCACACUCCCAUAUUUGACGCCAUGGGGGUCAAGUACAGGCCAUGUAGAUGA